CUCGCUCGGAGGACGGAGUGCUCACGUCAUUUGCACGCCUCCCUCGCCCCGCGCCCGCGCUUACCCCGCUCCCGCUUCGCGCUCAUUCGCCGUGUCAUUCAACGAAUGAUUCAGUGAUAAACCCGCCUUGACGUAGUUCUACUGUCAGAAAUGCCGCGAGUUUGACUUCCCACCGGGAAUCAAGAGCAGCCUUCAUGCAUCUUUGUUUACGUCCAACGUACCACAAAUGUCAUCCGUCACCGCACGAGCAGCGGCGGUUUUAUCACAUUUUAGAAAAUGACUGAAGGUCUCCUAAAGAAGUAUGACAAGCCGAUGUGCGUGCGCGUGUGGUUGGAGGUUGGGCACGCGUGUGCACCGUGCCGCUCACCGCUAGGGCGUGCUCUUGCGCUGGACUGGCGCGUGUGGGUACGCGCUGCACGGGGCGGGGACCUAAGCGCCUUCGUUCAAAAGGUUGUAUUCUAUCUACACCCCGCCAGCGCCUUCGUUUACCCCAAGAGAGUACUUCACGAGCCUCCAUACGAGAUACAAGAGUCUGGAUGCGCUUCCAUAGAAAUACCAAUACACUUGUACCUGAAAUGUACCAACAAGCCAAAGAAAAUCCGUCUCCGGUACAGUCUACAUAUAGAGAACAACAGCAUGACAAAUACAGAGUCCAAAUAUGUCUACUACGACUUUGAAAACCCUUCGGAACAACUUUGCACAGCUUUGAUGAAGGGAGGAGGCGAGAUCAUUGCAAGAAAAGGCUGCACCAGCAGACGCGGCGAUGAUCUAUUCGUCCUAUACUCAGAUGACGACAAAUCUAAGAACGGAAAGAGAAAAUACGAAUUUGUCGAACCCAUACGUAACAACGGAAAGAGAGAAACAAAAAUGUGUAUAUUAGAAGAGAUUUGCUCAAAAUGUGGCGAUUCCGACUUCAAGAAACAACUUCGAUCGGUUUCUAUGACUGACGAUGAAAUAAAUCGUGUUUCGCAGUUGUAUUUAGCUUACAGCACUUACGAGAAAUCAGUUGACGCGUUGACUUUGCCUCCGAUAUCCGAUCCGGUCUACAGUUUGCCAGAGUUACCCGCACGCUUGAAAGUGGCGCUAGCGAACGUCAAAGAUUAUGCAAUACAAUGACAGGUGCCUUUUACUGAUAUUUAAUCUGUGCCAUGCAAGACUAGUUGU